AUGAUUACACAUCUAGGUCAUUUAGCCCAGGAGGAGGAAAUACCAUCUUUACUGGAGCUGCGUCAAAUACUAUGGCACAACAGGAAGCCAGUGGGGCCUGUCGAUCAAGUCUGGCCCAACCUGUACAUUGGGGACGAGUCUGUGGCGCGGGACAAAGCCACACUCUCAUCCUUGGGAGUCACUCACAUAGUGAAUGCUGCAGCGGGACGUCACCGGAUCAACACAGGGCAGCAGUUCUACAGCGACAUGGAGGUGGAGUAUCACGGCGUGGAGGCCGCGGACCAUCCUGAGUUUGACCUGCAGCCCUACUUCCACCCCUCUGCACAGUUCAUAGACAGUGCUCUGAAGCAAAAGGGGAACGUAUUGGUCCACUGUGCCAUGGGUCUCAGCCGCUCUGGGGCGAUAGUCUUGGCCUAUUUGAUGAUCUGCCAGGACCUCUCGCUUGUCGAAGCCAUCAUGGCUGUGCGUCUGAACCGAGACAUCGGACCCAACUGUGGAUUUCUGGAGCAGCUCAGACAGCUGGACUUGAGCCUCAGGCUGCAGAGGAGACCAAUCACAGAGGAGGAAGUUCACUGACACAUGCACACACACCG